GUAAACAUAAAUAUUAAAAGGAAAAAUAAAAAAAAAAGUACCACUUAAAAAAAAAUAUUUCUUCCUUUCCCAUUUUUCUUCCUUUUCUCUUCAUUUUCUCUUCUCUUCUUUACUUUCCUUUAAAUUUUUUUUUUUUUUCUUUUAGAAAAUAUUUUUUUUUAUUAAUGACCACAUCAUCACAUUCAUAUUCUAGUUCUGGUGAUAGUUGUAGCGAAAGAAGUGGAAUGCGUACGAGCGGUACAAGUGUAUUAUCUUCUACUUCUAAUUUCACCAUUUCAAGUACGAUAACCUCUCAGUCGGUAUCAACAAAAUUUUUCAUACCAAGUUCAAGUAUAUCCACAUUUGGAGAAUAUCAAAUAGAACAUAUAGAUACGGAAUCAAUAUGGUAUCGAAAAUAUUUUAUUCAUAAAAAACAUCCUACAUUCGUGGGAAAUGUCGAACCAUUCGGUCCAGUCAUUAUUUCAAUAGCAUUGGAUUGUAAAACUAUAAAUAAUAAUCGUGAUGCUGUAUAUUGGUAUAGAUAUAUUUUACGUCAUAAAGAUCUACCUGAUGAUCGAGGUUUGUUAGUAGGACCUCCACAAACUCCUCUAAGUGAUCCUCCAUGGGAUGUAUUAUUAAGGAGGAUUUCAAGAGAAUUUGCUCAAUCGAAAUUAACAAAAUUAAUAACAACUCCUGAAUUAUCUGAGGAAUUGCUUUCAUUAGAUGAAAAUAGAUUACAAAAAGCUUAUAAAAUUGGUUUAUUAUAUUGUGCUCCAUUACAAACGACUGAAGAAGAAUGGUUUUCAAAUACUACAACUUCAAUAUCUUUUACUAAUUUUUUGGAAUUAUUGGGAACAAAGGUUAGAUUAUUGGGAUUUAAAGGAUUUAGUGGUGGGUUAGAUACAAAUUUGGAUGGUACAGGGGAAUAUUCUAUUCAUGAUGAUAAAACUUUUAAAGAUUAUGAAAUAAUGUAUCAUGUAAGCACUAUGCUUCCAUAUGAGAAAUCAAAUAGAUAUCAAAUAACAAGAAAACGUCAUAUUGGAAAUGAUAUUGUUUGUAUAAUAUUUCAGGAUGAACCAAAACCUUUUUCACCUUUCGCUAUUCGUUCACAAUUCUUACAUGUUUACGUGAUUGUCAGUCCUGUAAAAUGUAAAGUUGAUAGUUAUCAUGUAGAGGUAGUAUGUAAAAAUGGUGUACCUUAUUUUGGUCCACCUUUACCGAAUCCUCCAAUAUUUGAUGAUCCAAUUUCAUUGAAAAAAUUCUUAGUCGCUACUGUCAUAAACGGUCAAAAUGCGGCUUGGAAAACUCCAAAAUUAUCCGAUCCAUUCUAUAGAGCUCGUGGUGGUAUAAUACGUGAUAUAGUGAAUAAAUCCAUUCCACGUAUGAAUAUGGAUAUUUUAUUGACACCUCCACAAUCUCCUAAAAAAUUAUCUCAAGAUGAAUUAAAUUCUAUAUUAAAGGGAUUAUUCGUGGAUCAAUUAAAAUACAAAGGAAAACCUCCUGAUAUUUCAUUAGUAAAAGAUCUACUUGAAAAAGGUGCAAAUCCAAAUAUUAGGAUACCUCAACCUAAACCAUUAAAAGAAUCAAGCGCUUCAUCAUCAAAUGACAAUCUUGACGAUUCAUAUUUUUCCAGUACAUUACCAACACCAUCAUCAACAACCUCGUCAUCAUUACCUUCAUCAUCAUUAUCACAGUACUCAUCGUUCAAACUUCCAAAUAUAUUGUUUGCCACAAUAGCAUUAACAGAUGAUCCAAUUUAUGUAAAAUUUUUGAUAAAUUAUGGAGUAGAAACGAUGCCAAAAGAUAAUCAUUUUCCAAACGCGUUUGUAUUUUCUGCCACUUAUAAACGUGUGGAAACCAUGAGAUGUUUAUUAGAGAAUAUACCAGCUUUAUCUGAUCCAAAAUCUGUUGAUACUGCAAUCAAUGAUACUUAUAAUAGCGUUUAUUCAAAAAAUACUCAAAAUAAUGUUCUUAAUGGGUAUGGAACUUAUGGUAAUAGAAUUUGGUAUAAUUUUACUAAAUUUAAAAAUCAAAUCAGGGGGAAAUAAUAUAUAUUCGUAUACAAAUACAAUAUACAGUAUAUAGUAUUUCUCUUUUUUCUUUUCUUUUCAAUUACAUAUAUAUAUAUAUAUAUAUAUUUUAUCAUUUACU